AUGUCUACAAACGGCAAGAUAUCUGUUCCUGAGGGGGUAGUCAAUUGGUUGUUCAAGGUCAUUCAACCCAUUUACAGGGACGGAAGAAGAACUUUCCACGAUGCAUUGGCACUACUGGACAAUUUCCAUUGUUUGAGGCCAAGAACAAGGGUGUUCACACACUCUGAUGGUACUUCGCAACUGCUUUUGUCCAUUUAUGGGUCAAUUGGCACCGGUGAGAAUGCCUCGUCUCCUAGCAGUGUUCCUGUGAUAAUGUGGGUACCCACUACGUAUCCAGUAAAACCGCCCUUUAUAAGUAUAAACUUGGAAAAUUUCGACAUGAACAGCAUCAGUAGUUCCUUGCCGAUUCAAGAAUACAUUGACUCUAAUGGCUGGAUCGUGCUGCCCUUGCUCGAUCGCUGGGAUCCUGCCGCAAUGAACCUUAUAAUGGUCGUACAAGAACUGUCCAGUCUCUUGAAUGAGCCAUCACCUCAAGAUCGGGUGCCCAGUCUACCGCCAAAACCGAACACACAAAUUCAACCGGAGCACACUAACCCCCCACUUCCCCCGAAGCUCAAGUCUCCACAUAUACAACCGCCAUUGCCUCCUCCCCCACCUCCCCAACCGCUAUCCAUCACACUCGACCUUAUGGACAUUGACAAUGCAGAUAUUUCCAUGACAAACCACCACGAAAUGCUACAAAACUUGCAAUCCGUGGUCAAUGAAUUAUACAGAGAGGAUGUGAACUACGUAACGGACAAGAUACUGGCGAGACAGACAGUUAUGCAAGACUCCAUUACGAGAUUCUAUGAAAUGAUCGCCGUUGACAAGAACCAUAUACAGGCCGUUGAGCAGGAGGCCGAGCAGGCCAUGCAUUCGCUAAAUACACAAAUAGACAUCCUGACCGCAGAAAGGGCCAAAGUUCAACACUUUAGCUCAACGUCGCCCCUAGACGACGAGGACGUGAACUCCAUAGCAGUAGCACAAACAGAUGGACUCAAUCAACUGUAUGACCUUGUUGCCAAGGACUACGCUCUCACAGACACGAUUGAGUGCCUAUCGAGGAUGCUCCAUCGUGGCACUGUUACGCUCGAUAUCUUUGUCAAGCAGGGUCGUGAAUUGGCACGCCAGCAAUUCCUUGUGCGAUGGCACAUUCAACGAAUCACCUCACUGUUAUCGUGA